AUGCGAAUCCUCGCGCCGGCAAGCACACUGCCCUGUACUGAGAACAUAAACAGCCGUGCCACACCCUUUUUCACUUGUGCCUUUCAGAUAAACGGCAACCACGGACCGACAAGAACAAAACUGACCGGGAAAACUUGGGCAAAAGCCUUGAUCCUGUGUAUCAAUCCGUUAAUCCGUGGAUCGUGUAGAAGGAAACGCCAAGACAAGCGGUACUUUGAGGCCAAGGUCACCUUCCGAUUUCGCGUCCCCCUACUCUCGUUCGGCGCAAGUUCUGAGAUGACGUCGGGCAUAAAGCCAUCAGAAGAAUGUUUGGAAGUUUUCAACAGGAUUAAGAUGCAGCACACGAACAUGUACGCAAUAUUCAGGGUGGAAAGUGAAGAAAUAAUCGUCGAUAAACUUUCCGAUUCAGGUGCAAAGUAUGAAGACUUUCUUGAAGAUAUGCAGAGGCGUGCUAAUACAGGCUGUUUCGCCGUCAUAGAUUUCCCAUACAAACGGGGUAUGUCGACGGAUUCGAAAUUGGUGUUUGUUUCCUGGGUUAAUGACCAGCUUCCUACAAGAACGAAGAUGCUUUAUGCAUCAUCAAAAGAGUCUCUCAAAAAGAAACUCGAGGGGAUCAAAUUAUUUUUACAUGCAAGUGAUUUCGACGACCUCUCUGCUGAUUCAUGGAUCGGUUCACCAACUUUUCACCAUCGAAAAGUUCCCGGGGCUUCCUCCUGGAUCCAUCACCUGUUGUCAGGACUGUCCACGCUGGACUGGUGUAAGCCUAGCUGUCCUCACUGUCUACCUCCUAUUGUUGGUGGACGUAAUUCUGUGGUGACUGAAACUAAAACGUCUUAUACGAUCAAUAGCUUAUUCACUGGGUAUUUAGGACAGUUACCUCUGGUCAAGUCUAUAAGAUCAGCCUUUACUUUAAAUCCCGGCCGCUUCGCAGAACGUCAUUUUAUUUUGCAUUCGCAGUCCGCGGGGUGGCUUAGUGGUUGGAGCGCGAAUUUACUGACCGGAGGGUCCGCUGUUCGAACCCGACAUCUACCCCUCAACUUCCCCUGUCUAGGCCAUCAUGCUCCCUUCCGAUGGCGUGGCGUUCUGUUAACUACACUUGCUCAACAGGGCAUGCCCCAGAAGUUUGUAAACAUAAUCCGAUCUCUAUAUUCACAUACUUCUGGGCGGGUGAAGGUGUAUGGUGAGCUCUCCAAAAGCUUUCCUACAAAAAGUGGUGUCAGACAAGGAUGCCCACUCUCCCCAUUCUUGUUCAACUUCGUCACCGAUGAAAUAAUGAGGCGAACACUGGACGGUUUUCAAAACUCCGGUGUUCAAAUUGUUGCUGGCGAGAGCCUUGUCAACCUGGAGUACGCAGAUGACAUCGCCCUCAUCUUUGAAGACCUUAGCGAAGCACAAGCCCUGUUGAAUAAACUGACCGCCAUCAUACCAGCAUUUGGCAUGCGCCUUGCACCUUCAAAUGAUAAUGCAGAGCGGAAUGGUUUGGUACGAAUGGUAAAACAAUGUUCAGACGCCUGCAAACGAGCAGAAAAGUGA